AUGUCUUCAUUCUUCACCGCUGAGGUUUGCAAGCCUGCCUUUGAGCACAAACAAACUCCAAUGCUCAGCUAUGGACUUCCCUUUCCAGAGGCAUGCGCAAAACAUGUAGGAAGUACCUUCAAAGCCUCCCGAGUCCUUAUCAUCGUGUCGAAGAGCAUAGCAACAAAUACCAGUGCGCUUGGCCGUCUACAGAAUGCGCUGGGCACUCUCGUUGUCAGCAUACGAGUAGGAAUCAGCGCACAUACACCUAUUUCGGAAUGCGUCGAUAUCAUCAACCAGGUUGAAGACCAUGAAAUCGACUGUAUAAUUACCCUAGGGGCGGGUAGCAUUACCGACGGGGCAAAACUAAUCCGUUUUGCACUUGCAAACGGAGCUCUAACCCAGGAAGCUGUGAACUCACUUUGGGGAGGUCGUUCACACAACCCAGAAAAACGUGCCAACAUAAAUCAGCCUACGAUCCCACUGAUCUCGAUACCGACUUCACUGUCAGGUGGUGAAUAUUCAUCUAUCGCUGGGGCAACUGAUGACUUGUCGCGAGCCAAGCGCAUCUUCGAACCUGGUGUCACUCCAGAUCUUGUUAUUCAAGACCCCGAACUUUGCCAGACUACUCCGCAACAUGUCUGGUUGAGCUCUGGAGUUCGCUCGAUUGAUCAUUGCGUCGAAGCUCUCUGUUCGCUCGAGAGCAAAGACGAGGUUGACAAAUUCGCUGAACGCGGCUUGUGCAAUCUGAUCGAAGGACUACUCGUGUGCAAGGCCGGAUCAGCAGACCUGCAUGCAUACCAUCGGUGUCAACUUGGUGUCGUGGACGCUAUGCAGGCUAGUACUAGCGGUGUGCCAAUGGGAGCCAGCCACGCUAUCGGCCAUCAAUUGGGCCCACUUAGCAUUGGUCAUGGUGAGACAAGCUGCAUCUUAUUGCCCGCUGUUUGCAAGUUCAAUGCAAUCAAGAGGGUCAAUCAUGAAAAGCAACAGGCGGUCGCCGAGAAGCUCAUGGGUUUAAGUGUUGUGCAGGAGCUGAUUGGAAUGAAAGGGCUGCAGCGAGAAAAUUUGGAACUGAGUGAUAUACUUGAUGUUGUGAUCAGACAGCUGGGGAUGCCUCGGACGCUGGCAGAAGUGGGUGUGGGCCGAGAUAAACUUGACCUCCUGGCUGAAAACAGUCUCCACGAUCCAUGGAUCACAACAAACCCGUUCCCUAUCACAAAAAAGGAUCAAGUUCUCGAUAUAUUGGAAAUGGUUGUUGGUUAA